GCGUAGGCCUGGUUCCGAAAAAUCCCAAGUUUACAAAGCAACAUGGGAUCGUUCUCUUCGAUCUCUCUAAAUCUCCAUCACUUCUAGAAAUAGAGGAUGGCGCCACGUAAGGGUAAAAAGGAAGUCAAAGAAGAACAGAACAUCUCCCUCGGUCCCCAGGUUGGCGAGGGCGAACUCGUCUUUGGAGUCGCUCAUAUUUUUGCUUCCUUCAACGACACCUUUGUCCAUGUGACGGAUUUGUCGGGCAGGGAAACUAUUUCCCGUGUGACAGGAGGCAUGAAGGUGAAGGCUGACCGCGAUGAGGCCUCUCCCUAUGCUGCCAUGUUGGCUGCCCAGGAUGUUGCUGCCAGGUGCAAGGAGAUCGGCAUCACCGCCCUUCACAUCAAGCUCAGAGCAACUGGAGGAAACAAAACCAAGACCCCAGGCCCUGGUGCUCAGUCCGCCUUGAGGGCUCUGGCUCGCUCAGGAAUGAAGAUUGGACGAAUUGAGGAUGUCACACCCAUUCCCUCAGACAGUACCCGAAGAAAGGGUGGCCGACGUGGAAGACGUCUGUAAACUAUUGCCCUGUAAAUCCUGAAAUAAAGCUCUGUGGAGACUCA